AUGAAACAUUGCUUCGACUCAUAUUCAGACGACUUAACAGAAAUCACCGCCUCCUGUCAGACACUGAAUACUGAUCAGAAGUUGCUCGAUGUAUGCAAGGUCAGCUGCCCUCACAAUUUUUACAUCUUAUUUAGUCUCAUCAUAUGA